CGCGCACAGUCGGGGCCGCGGCAGCAGCGGCGGAGGGGGCGCUGGCAUCAAAGCUGCAGUGCCCAUGGGUUGUGACCACAGGGGAGUUGUGUUGCAUCUGCAAAUCUCUGCUGUACAUCAAGAGCACAUCUGAACAGAGCCACUGUGGACGCUGAAGAGCUGGAGAGGACGUUGCAGAGGUUUGGAGGCACACCGUGAUGGUGGGAGCCAUUCCACGGCAGCCACGCCGCUUCUGGGGGGUGCCUGACUGGCAGGUGUCUUCAGCUAAUUGUGCCAACGACCGCCUGCUGCAGGGCAGGGAGGUUAAUCCGGAGCAAAGCAGGGUCCUGAUGCAGAGGGAUGCUGUGCUGCAGAGCACCUCGUAGUAGAGGGCUCACACAGAGAUCCUGAGUGAGAGAGGGCCCAGCUCACACCCCCUGCCCUUGCACCCUGACCUGUGGCACUUUAGUCCCCCUCCUGCUGCUGCAUGGGCUCCACUGGGAGUCCCAGCAAGUGAGGCUCCAUGCGGCACAUCCACACAGAGACGUGUCUGCCCCCGGAGCGCAGCACAGACCCCAGCCUGUCCCGGCCCAGCGGGGAGACACCCUUGGAGCCUUCCUCACAGUGCUGCACCCACCGCAGCAUCCUCAUGGGCUACAAUGAGACAGAGAUCAAGCGCCAGAAGGUGUACCAGGUGUCCAUCUUCUCCCACCUCUCCAGCUCUUCUGAGAGCACGGAGCAGCGGGCAGGCACCCGGCCAGCUGUGAAGAGGGGAUACCCUGAGCAACGAACUCUGGAGGGGGGUCGAGAUCCAAAAAGAACUCACUGGGGUGACAAGGGGGUGGAUGGGGGCCCUGGGCAGCCUUCCCUGGAUGAUGAUGAUACCUUUGAGGAUGGUCUGCUCGUGGAGGAGCUCUCCCUUUGUGGUUCUGCCCAGCACUUCUCCCACAGUGGGCUGCGGGUGGUGGAGCAUCGCUGUGAGGGCAGCCCUAGUCACAGCCCCAAGGCCAGCAGAGAGGACAAGUUGCAGGAUGUCUCCUCCUCCACCACCUCCUCCUCCACCACCUCCUCCUCCUCCUCCUGGCCCCGGCACAUUGCUUGCAGUACUUUGCACAUGAGAGACAGUUGCCCUGUCUCAUCAGGGGAUCAGCCCAUAGACUAUGGAGAGAAUGGGGAGCCGGCAAGUGGCCACAAUGUACUUCACCUUGAAUUGCACAGUAUUGCACAAACAACCCAGUUGGACCCAGGUGGGAAGAGAGAGAAGCCAGGAAGCAGCCCAUCUCACACCAGUAGGGCUAGCAGAGAAGCAGAAGGGCCAGUGGUGGCCAAUGGGUGCAGGGAGUCCCCCGUUCCGCAGACACUGCUCAGCCCUGAGCCCAGCAACUUGAGCUCACAGGAGAUGACACCCUGUGGGAGCAGCCAGCUCAGCAGCACCUGCCCAGCCAAAAGGAAGUUGCUGCCUGCUGGUGAGGUUAUGGCUGACUCCUGCUCUGAGGAUGAGAGCCUGUCCCCACCAGCAAGGAAGAAGAGGGUCCUGCCAUGCCAUCCUGUGCCCACAGCCUGCCGCAGCACAGAUGCCAAGGGAGCUCCGUUCUGGAAUCACCUGCUUCCUGCAGCCAAGAGCUCUUCAGAUUGCACCACAGUUGGGAGGAGGCUGAAGAGUGGGCUGCGUCUCAAAUCGCGACAUCUCCGAACCAGCCUCCGGAGGGGCACCAGGUCCCCUACAGUGCCCUGGGCCACCACCACUGUCAGCCAUGCUCUGCUGGGCAACUUUGAGGAGUCCAUCCUGAAGGGGUGCUUUGCACCAUCAGGGAGGAUCGAGGGUUUCACGGCAGAGAUCGGUGCCAGUGGCUCCUACUGUCCCCAGCAUGUCACCCUGCCUGUCGACGUCACCUACUUCGACAUCUCUGAACACAGCGCACCCUCGCCUUUCCUGGGAGUGAUUGACUUGGAGGCCUUGGGAAAGAAGGGUUACAGUGUCCCCAAAGCUGGAACCAUCCAAGUGACCUUAUUUAACCCAAACAAGACUGUGGUGAAGAUGUUCUUGGUGACAUACGACUUCCAGGACAUGCCGGCCAACCAUAUGACCUUCCUACGCCAUCGCAUCUUCCUGGUGCCCGUGGGGGAGGAGGAGGGGUCCACAGCGGCCCCCAGUGACCCAUUGGGCACCAGCCCGCCCCGCAGGGUCCUCUGCUACCUGAUGCAUCUAAGGUUUCACAGCUCCAAGUCGGGGAAGAUCUACCUUCAUGAUGACAUUCGGCUGCUUUUCUCCCGCAAGUCGAUCGAGGUGGAUUCGGGGAUCCCCUACGAACUGAAAUCCUUCACAGAGAUGCCGCGGAACCCCUGCUACUCACCCCGGGCCUGACCUUCUUCACCCCAGACCCCAGGGCCACUGGGGAGCCUCCAGCCCAGCACUUUGGGGAGAGAUGAGUAAAGGGCCAGCACACACUGCUUUGAGAUAGCACCCACCCUCCUGACCAGCAUGGACACCAAGCUCUGGAGCUGGGCUGGGAUCACCCAGGGGGCUUCACCAAGAGGGGCAGAGGCUGAGGAGCAGCCCUGGCACUGCAGGGACAUGCCCAAGCCUGCUGCUGGCACUGCUUCCAGCCUGUAGCCUUUGCUGUGGCUGAGGUGGGUGGGUGUGGAGUGAAGGGCUGGACUGGAGCUGUGAGUAAGACCACCCACACGGGCCCCAGGUCAGGGAGCAGAAAGUGUGAAAGAGUUUGUAUUUAUUAGUAUUUAUUGUUGCUGGGAGCACAGAGGAGGCUAGUGUAGAGGAUCAGAGGUGCUGUGCUUGUUCUUCCCCCCAGCCCUGCCUGCACCAGGCUGCCUGUGUUCGAGCAGGGCUGUGGGGACUGCGAGAAUGACUAGGGACAAGGAUGCCUCAGCCCAUGCAAGGGAGUGUGACCCCAUGUUCACACAGGGUGCAGGUCAGGGGUGUGUUAAAAGCCCUGUGACAGGCUGAGCCUCUCUGGCACCAGCUUUGCAGGGCCAGCCCAACUCCAAGCAGUUUGAGGAGGCUGCACUUAUCUUCAGUCUUUUAGGGCAAGCCAGACCCCAAGAGGCCUAUGGCUGUCAAGGAAGUGGCCACUGCCAGGUUCCUGAAGGUAAGAGACACAGCUGCCACGUGGAUGGGGACCUGGGGCUCUUUGCAGGAAUAUGGGGAUAGCCCUCUGGGCAAGAGCCUCCAGAGCACGUGAGCUGUGGACCUGAGAAGAUUGCCAAAAUAAAAGGAACCUUGCACUGUCUUCGGGUGUGGGGUGAAUCCCAUGCAGGAGGCAGCUUUGGGCAGGGGUCUGCCAGCAGCAUGAUCAGAUGCGGGAGGGUGGUCAGUAGCCCCAGCUUACUCCUUGGGAAGUGGGGAAGCAACAGAGGAUAUCAAACUCUGGGAGCUGGGCUGGAUCCUCAGGAGCAGCAGGACUGGGAGAAUCCAGACCGGGGCAGUCAGAGGGGAAGGGCCAAGGGUUAAACAAACUUGCACAUUCCCAGUCUGUAUCGCCCCUCUGCCUUCUGAGGGUCUCAGCAAGGCUCCCCCUGCCAGCCCAAGCUGAGGGGAUACUCAGCCCUUCCAUCAGAGGGAACAAGAAGGGGAGAGGCGCGACCCCAUCAACUCCCACCCCUGGGGCUGA